AAUCCCAGGAAUAGUAGUCGAGCCCCGAUCAGCCGUGAGAUGAGAUGGAUAUGGCUCUCUCCAGAGGUUUGAGAUGCUGUCAAAAGGUUUUCUCCUGGAUACCCGUCCUUAUUAUCACCUCUGUGGUCCUGUGGUCGUACUAUGCCUACGUGUUUGAGUUAUGCUUGUUCACUAUUUCUAAUACAUUCGAAAAAGUGGCUUAUCUUCUAGUUUUUCAUAUUUGCUUUAUGAUGUUCUCGUGGACUUACUGGAAGUCCAUAUUCACGCCUCCUGCUUCUCCGUGUAAAAAGUUUCAACUCUCAUAUUCAGACAAAGAAAGAUAUGAGAUGGAGGAGAGGCCAGAUGCUCAGAAACAGAUCCUUGUUGAGAUAGCAAAAAAGCUGCCCAUUUCCACCCGUGCACAAUCUGGAGCUAUCAGGUUCUGUGACCGCUGCCAGGUGCUGAAGCCUGACCGAUGUCACCACUGCUCAGUUUGUGAAACCUGUGUUUUGAAGAUGGACCAUCACUGUCCUUGGGUGAACAACUGUGUGGGAUUUUCCAACUACAAGUUUUUUCUUCUCUUCCUGUCAUACUCAAUCCUUUACUGUGUAUUUAUUGCAGCAACAGUGUUUCAAUAUUUCCUCAAAUUCUGGGUGGGGGAUUUGCCAAAUGGACCGGCCAAGUUCCAUGUGCUCUUCCUCAUGUUUGUGGCGGUCAUGUUCUUCGUCAGUCUCAUGUUCCUCUUUGGCUAUCAUUGUUGGUUGGUGGCAAAAAAUCGAUCCACUUUAGAGGCUUUCUCUGCACCAGUUUUUGUCAAUGGACCAGACAAAAAUGGGUUUAAUGUGGGUAUAAGAAGAAACCUGCAGCAGGUUUUUGGAGAGGACCACAGACUGUGGCUCAUCCCAGUCUUUACUGGUCAAGGGAAUGGCCAUUUCUUCCCCUUGAAGAAUCAAAGUGAAUCCCAAAAUCCAUUAUUGGCUUCAGAGAUGUGGGAGGAGUCAGACGACUGCUCUGAGGAAGGAAGCUUUGUGGGAGAGCACGACCCAUCAGUUACCAUUGAGAUGGAGGAGUAGUACUUACUAACAAGAACUAUUUUAAAGUGAUCAUCUCCUAAACUCUUUUGUUGUAGAUUUAUUCUAGUCAAAUUUUAAUGAAAUACAUGAAGGGGGCCAAACCUGGCGAUCCAUGCGCCUAUGGGUCAUAUUAAUUGAGAUAUCUGAAAUAUAAAAUGUAUCCUAUAAUCUCAGUGUAAUAGGAUAAUCAGUAUUGAGGUUGAGUUUGUGUACUCCCAGCUCCGUAUUUCCAAUGUGUCAUCUUCUGUCAGAUGACUUGCUGUGAAUUGAAGAGCUUCCGUCUUGGCACUAAUCUGUUUUUUGACACUGAGGUGUUGAGUUGUCUGUAGGAGUGUACAAUGUUACACCCUAUAACUUGACCUGUACCUGAUGAGUGUGGAAAACAAUGGUAGUAUAGGUCAGCAUUUUUGUUACAGACUGAGGUCAUUUUAUGUGUUUUUUUUUUGUUUUGUUUGUUUUUUGUUACAAUUUUGUUUUUGUCUUAUAUUUAUACCACUACUUGGAUUUUAAAAGAACCAUUUAAUCUUGACUAUUUCUGCUGAAUUCUGCUCUCAAAUGGACCCAAAGAAUGUAUCCAAAACAUAAUUGGUAAAUUACUGUUUAUUCAAAGUAUCUGCAUAUCCUAACAUAUCAUGUAGUUUGCUACUUAAUAUGAAAAUGUGUUUUGUGGGAACUACUGGCAUAAAUCCAGUGCACCUUCCCAAUAAGAAAGAUUAAAUCAUUAUUGUAUGUGUAUUGUAUUUUCAGUUUUAUUUUUAAGGAUUAAUUAAAUAUGCAGGUACCUGUAAAUAUUGUAGAUGAAGCAACUGAUCCUCAUCCGCUGGUUGGUAGAGAUCAGUAUUCUGCAAUGUUUUUUACUUUGUUUGUAUGACUUUUUUAAAUGCUAGAAAUAACAUCUUAUUAUUCAAGCUGUCUAAACUUGACUACUCUUAAGUGCUGACAGUGCACUAAAAUGUGUGUACAAAGUGUUGGGCCUUUGUUUGGAUGGUGUUUUGAUGUCAUGUUUUUGUGCUUUAUUCUGUAAACAUUUUUGUGUAAGCCAAGUUAAAUGCUGCUUAUAUACUAAAAUAUAGACAGCAACAUAUUUAUUAUUAUUGCUGUGUUCUUAUAAAAGGUGGGACAGCAGUAUUGGAAAAUGUAGAAUGCUAAGGUUUAGGUGUAUGUUAUUUUGUUUCUAUUGUUUAAAUGUGGAACUUUUUUAGGUUUACAGAUUCACCGUAUUACCUGGUGCUGGCAGUGUUUGUAUAUCUUGAUGCUCACCAGCCUUGGCGAAAUGACACUAGUGAUCAUAUUUAUUGUAUCUAAUGUUAUUUGUCCUGUUAAAUCCUUGCAUUCAGUAAAAUAUGCCAUCAUGCCUCUCAAAAAAUCAACUGCAGCAAAGGUCCAUAUUAAUUAACUUUGUUUAUAUGCCAUUUGACAAAUAUAAAGCCUUUAUCAAUUGAUCUGUGUUGUAACAUGCAAAAUAAAAUGAUCCAUUGUCAAA